AGCGGCCGCGGCCAGAGGGGGAGGGCAGAAUCGGAGGCAGCCCCGAAGGCUGGGGGAUCCGAGAUCGAGCCUACGGGGCAAGCGGGCAGGGGGUAGCCAACUGGGGUUCGACACCAGAGAGGCAAUACUAGGGUUGGGGGGGCCGGGGGAAGGCGGUAUCGUGUGAAAGGACCAACCCGGGUCCAGGCAAGGGGGAAGGGAUUUGAACCUCCAAGGAUCCAGCUCGGUUGAAGGCAUACAGCAAAUCAGGAUUCAGGGAACCAGUCUCUCCCCGCCCCUCCACCUUUUUAUUUUUUGCACUCUUGUCUGGUUCUUAACCGCGAUGUGGGUGCCCGGACUCCUGGGUCCCUUGGCCCUGCUGGCCUUUUCUGCAGGCGGCUGCCAGGGACUGUCCUUCCAGCUUCCGCCGCAGACGCGCAAGUGUCUGAAAGAGGAGCUUCACCGAGAUGUGAUGGUCACCGGGGAAUUCGUGGUCUCGGAAGCCACCGCACCGGGGAUCAGGACAGACUUGCGGGUUACGGACUCCUCUGGCCACCUCUUGUACUCCAGAGAUGAUGCCAAGAAAGGAAAAUUUGCCUUCACCACAGACGACUAUGAGAUCUAUGAGAUUUGCUUUGAGAGUCAUGGCCAGCCAGGGAAUUUCCGGGUCCCUGACCAACUGAUCACCCUCAAUAUCAAGCACGGUGUGGAGGCACGGAAUUAUGAGGACAUUGCGAAGGCUGAGAAACUCAAGCCCUUGGAGGUGGACCUUCGUCGGCUUGAGGACCUUUCCGAAUCCAUUGUCAAGGACUUUGCCUUCAUGAAACAACGCGAGGAGGAGAUGCGCGAUACCAAUGAAUCCACCAGCGCUCGGGUCUUCUACUUCAGCAUUUUCUCCAUGCUCUGCCUUGUGGGCCUGGCCACUUGGCAGGUCUUCUACCUCAGACGCUUCUUCAAAGCCAAGAAACUCAUCGAGUGAUUGAGCUCCGGUUUGGGCACAGGGGGAGAGGCAAGAAGUGGGCGGCCCCCCUUUACUGGACUCCCCUGUCUAGUUUUGCCAUGGAUCUAGCCUACAACCUGUUAGGUGUGAACCAUGCUCAAUCUCUCUCCGCUGAAUUAUUCCACUCCGAAGGUGACUGCAUUAUUUUUUCCCGGGAUUUCCUUGUGGCCAGGACUCUCAGUGGAACCUGACAACUGGACUGGAUCUCUUUGCUAGCCAGGAAUGGAGCCGCUCAUCAGACAAGGCAUGGAUUCUGGGGAGCAGAUUAGAAAACCACUUGCUGUUCCUCCCAAACCGACCAUGGUGCUCGUCUGCUCUGCAUGGUGGUGGUGCUGGGGAUGUGGUGGGGCGGGUGUUAUAAUUAGACUAGGUAAUUUAAGUCCCAACUGCUGAGUGUAAUACUUUGGAGGUAAUAAAUUUUGGUUCCUA